CUGGCAUUUAACGGCGGAAACCGGAAGUGUUUGUCACAGGAGGCUAAGCUAACAGGCUAACCGAGUGAGGAGCCAGCGUCUGGUGUUCGUCUCUGAGUCCGAGUCCAAGUCCGAGUCCGAGUGCAAAUCCCAGUGCCGGCAGCAGGAUGAGUCUGCAGUGGACGGCCGUGGCCACCUUCCUGUACGCUGAGGUCUUCUUUGUCCUGCUGCUCUGCAUCCCGUUCAUCUCCCCCAAGAGAUGGAACAAGAUCUUCAAGUCUCGUCUGAUCCAGACCAUCGCUCUGUAUGGAAACACCUCCUUCAUGGUCGCCAUCGCCAUCCUCGUCUUCCUACUCAUUGAUGCGUUUCGGGAGGUCAGGAAGUACAGCGUGACGGAGAAAGUCGACCUGACCAACAACCCGGUGGCCAUCGAGCACAUCCACAUGAAACUGUUCAGAGCUCAGAGGAACGAGUACAUCGCCGGCUUCGCCCUGCUGCUCUGCCUGCUGCUCCGUCGGCUGGCCACUCUACUUUCCCAGCAGGCCUCGCUCAUGGCCUCAAACGAAGCCUUCAAGAAGCAGGCGGAGGGUGCCAGUGCCGCCGCCAGGAAGUACAUGGAGGACAACGAGCAGCUGCAGGAGAAGCUGCGUGACGCCGGCGUUCCUCUGCCGGAGGCCGGGAAGAAGACAGGAGCCGACGUGGAGGAGGACAACAAGAGUCUGAAACAGGAGGUGAAGAAGCUGAAGGAGGAGCUGGACGACACCAAGACAGCUCUGCAGAAGUCGGACAGCGACGUUCGAGCCAUGAAGAAACAGGCGGAGAACCUGACGGUGGAGUACGACCGCCUGCUGGAGGAGCACAGCAAGCUGCUGGCGAGCAGCGACAAGAAGUCGGACUGAGCCGCUCUCCGCUUCACUCCCUCAUCAUCAUCAUCAUCAUCCUCUCCUUCUUCUUCUUCUUCUUCAUCUCCGUCUUCACCGUCGUCAGCAGCCACUUCCUGCACCCGCCUCUCAUCCCGCUCAGUGAUGUCACUGCCGGGUCCUGUGACAUCAUCACUGACAUCACUGCGUGUGAUGUGUCGAUUCGUUGCACCGGACAGUCGAGGAGCUUCAUCGGCUGAAUAUCAAGCGAAACAGUUUGUGUGAGGAAGUCGACUGCACGUUUGGAGAUGGACGCACAGCUCUCACGCUUCCUGUCGCACCUGCUUCACCUGUCCCGCCCUUUCCGAGCCUCUGCUCCCGCUUUGGAGCGUUGGGACGUCCCGCUCCGCAGCGAGGAAAAACCCAACAAAUCGACAUCCGGGUCGACGAGCCCCCGCUUCCUCCUCUGCCUCUGCACGUCUUUGAAACCGCAAAGAGAAAACAUGUUCAUGGAAACUUUAAAUGGCAAAUAAAUAAAUAAAUAAAUAAAUAAGGGUACAUAUUCAAUACACAUUUACAUACACACACAAAUAUUUAAUCACAAACUUAACUUGUUGAUUUGUGCGUCUUUGACAGAACAGCUUCACCAGUCGUUUCUGCUUUGUGCUGAUUGUUAGAGAGCAACUUGGUCCUUUUUCCAUAUUUGAACCGAAUGUCCCGUUUCUUCCGGUGAUUCAGAAUCGCCGUGGCGGCAGAGCCGGUGCUCCCCUGCUGCGUUUGUGUCUGUGAAGCUAGAAAGAGAAAAAAUGUCCAGCAGCUUCUGCUGACACAAUAAAAACAGGCUCUAUUUGCUGUCUCUCUCUUUCCAGUUUGCUCGAGAUGCUGCAGAAACGCCUCUUAGAUCUUUUUGUUUUGUUCUUUGCUGUAUCAGGAGAGCGCCACUUCUCCUUUUUCUACAUGUUUGGAAACAGCAGCGUCACAAACCUCAGUCACGUUUUCUCCACUAAUUGAGAAUUUGAGCCGAGCGCUGCAGAGUCAAUCCUCUCCUCCUGUUCUUCUUUGAAACAACAGCAUCGUGCAUUUUAUCUUUUUUUCUGCUCAUUUUGGAUUUUGGUUGAUCAUUCCUUUUGUUUUUGUCAUGACGGAGCGUUGAGUCAGUCUCUGUACUGGACGUGCAGUUUGUGCUGUACGUCGUGUUGUCGUGUUAGUUGUUGGGUAGAUUUCCUGUCAGGGGUCUGAGUUUUUCCACUCAGAACGAUGAUGAUGAUGAUGACGAUGAUGAUGAUGAUGAUGACGAUGAUGUGGCGUUCACACUCGUCCUCAUCAGUCUGUUGGUUUUCAGCGUCGGCUGAUGUUGAGCUGUGAUCGCUUCGUCUCGCAGCGUCCGACGUUUCUCGCUCCUUUUCCCUCCUUCAGCUUCACCGUCGCUUCGCUGUUUGACGUCGCAGCUUUGGUGAGUUUUCAGGCGACGUCACCGAUCGCCGGGCGGCUUCACGCCGUUUGUUCCUGCAGAUAAAAACCUGUUUGUUCCUGCAGAUAAAAACCUGUUUGUUCCUGCAGAUAAAAACCUGUUUGUUCCUGCAGAUAAAAACCUGUUUGUUCCUGCAGAAACAGCCGGCGCGUCGCUGCAUUUCUCAUCAAAUUUCCUUUCGGCGGUAAACUGACGUUCUCCAUCACGGCCUUAAGCCAGCUCAGUGUGAGCUCGUAGUUUUGACUUAAAUCACCACAUUCCUGCGUUUAGGCUUAAAUGGGAAUGUCCCGGUGAUCCCUGACGGCUGCAGUUAUAACGCUAGCAGCGAGUGAGAUAGCUAGCAUAGCAGAGAUCCCUGCUGCGUCAGUGGUUCAUUAGCAGCUUUUUAACAAUAAAAUUCACUUUUUGUGAUCACGCAGUUCCCCGGUCAUUUUCCCUUCAGCUACACAACAUUUUUUUUUUUUUUAAAUGUACGUUUGCUAGUUUAAAGGAAAUGUUUGAGACGGUGCGUGGGACUAAAAGUGCAAACUCCUGCAGAGGGCGCUCUUUACUGGGUUUAUGGAUCUUUCCAAACAAGAUGAAAUGGCCGCGGUUUGAAGGUAAACGGCUGAAAGCUGUGAUGAACCACUGAGGCAGCAGCUCAGGCGUCUCUAGUGUUUGCUUUUCAGGUUUUAUUAUUUUUUUUAUUCAUUUUCUCAGUUUCUCUCUCACCUGGUUUACAUGACGGUGAAAAAACGGCAAGUUUAGCAACGUGCUACGCUAAGUUCAUCAUGUCUUCAGUGAAAGGAUGUCGAUACGCUUUAAAAAAGGAAAACAAGUUAAAGUAUCUUUCCCACAGUGCACUGCAGCGCCCACAUUCGUCCGUUCAGAAAGUUAAAACUGAAAAAGCCAUUCCUUAUUUCUUCAUUCACGUCUGAGUGCGGUGUGUGGGUUUGUUCAUGCCUUAUGUGAAGUUCAUAUAUAAUAAUGUUUCUCUUUAAUGAUGUGAGCUAAACGGCUGUCCGCUCGUAUGAGGCUCUUUCUUCACUUUCUUCACUGUUUGGGAAACAUUUUGAGGAAAUUUAAAUCGGCUGUUGUUGCUUUCCAAAUGGAGUUGGGACUAAAAACUGGGACCAAAUCAGUAAAAAAAAAAAAUGUAAUUCAUAAUAAGAAACGGAUGAAGGGUUGUGUUCCAAAUAUAUAUAUGAUAUGUGUGUACCAGUUUUUCCAGGAUAAAAGUUUAACGAAGCCUUAAACUGAUUCCAAGGUACAGCUGAUUACAUCCUCAGAUGUUUGAACAAAUCUCCUCACAUAAUGAUAUUCCUUUUUUUUUUUCUGGAAGUAAAUAUUGAAAGGAAGGAAACUCUUCACACAAGCCAUUUAAAAGCAUGUUAGUCGUGACGGUUGUAAUUUCUGUCUUCAGAUUAUCUGUCUGACUGAUGAACAGACUCCUCCAUGCUGACAUUUACACUGUUGUUUAAAGGUUUGAGGGGUUUUUUGUUUUGUUUUGAGGGUUUCUUUGUGUAAUUCCAGCUGUUAUAAUCUCUUGUAAAAUGUUUGUAUAUCGAUGAAACACCGACAUGUGUCAGCAUCAUGCAAGUUUACGGUUUCCAGCCUUCAGGAACUGGCUUUAAUGGUUUAUUCUGGAGUGAUUGUUUCUGUCUCCUUCUCUUACUUUUUGUGUUUGUCUGCUUUCUUGUCCACUGUGUGUGUGUGUGUGUGUGUGUGUGUCUGUGUGUGUGCGUGUGUGUGUGUGUGUGUGUGUGUAAGAGGGGAAGGUGGUUGUUAUUGGAAUAAACUCGGUGUCGACUCUGAA